GAGGGGGCGGUCGAGGCGGCGAAGGGGAGGGCGCGCGUGGGCAGCGACCGCGGGUGGAGGGCCUCGGUCGGGAGGAGUCGCCGCGGGCCCCGGGCGGUACCGGGCUGGCUGUCAGCUCGUGGCACGUCCGCCUCCGCUCGCCGCUGUCACGCUCGGCCCCGCCGGUCUGCGAAGUCUGCGGAAGCGGGCGCCGCGCGGAACCGGCCGGGCCCGAAGAUGCUGCGCGCCCGUGGGCUCAGCGCUCUGGUUGCACGGAGCGGCCGCGCGGCGCCCGUCUGGGCUCCCGCAGUCCCCGGCCUGGGGCCGGGUGGCCGCCUGGCCGGCAGGGAAUCCCAGUCAGAACAUCCAGCCUACCACUGUUCUCCGAUGCCAUGCCAGCACCGACUCAACUGUUCUUCCCUCUCCUCCGUAACUGUGAGCUGAGCAGAAUCUAUGGCACUGCAUGUUACUGCCACCACAAGCAUCUCUGCUGUUCCCCACCGUGCAUUCCUCAGAAUCGCCUGAGGUACACGCCCCAUCCAGCAUAUGCUACCUUCUGUAGGCCGAGAGAGAACUGGUGGCAGUACACUCAAGGAAGGAGAUAUGCCUCAACACCUCAGAAAUUUUACCUCACACCUCCACAAGUCAACAGCAUCCUGAAAGCUAAUGAAUACAGUUUCAAAGUUCCAGAAUUUGAUGGCAAAAAUGUCAGUUCUGUUCUUGGAUUUGACAGCAAUCAGCUGCCUGCAAAUGCACCCAUUGAAGACCGGAGAAGUGCAGCCACCUGCUUGCAGACCAGAGGGAUGCUUUUGGGAGUCUUUGAUGGUCAUGCGGGCUGUGCUUGUUCCCAGGCAGUCAGUGAAAGACUCUUCUACUAUAUCGCUGUUUCCUUGUUACCCCACGAGACUUUGCUGGAGAUUGAAAAUGCAGUGGAGAGUGGCCGGGCCCUGCUGCCCAUCCUCCAGUGGCAUAAGCACCCCAAUGACUACUUCAGCAAGGAAGCGUCCAAACUGUAUUUCAACAGCUUGAGGACUUACUGGCAAGAGCUUAUAGACCUCAACACUGGAGACUCCGCUGAUAUCGAUGUUAAAGAGGCUUUAAUUAAUGCUUUCAAGAGACUUGAUAAUGAUAUCUCAUUGGAGGCUCAAGUCGGCGAUCCUAAUUCUUUCCUCAAUUACCUGGUGCUUCGGGUGGCAUUUUCUGGGGCUACUGCUUGUGUGGCCCACGUAGAUGGUGCCGACCUCCACGUGGCUAACACUGGAGACAGUAGAGCCAUGCUUGGUGUGCAGGAGGAAGACGGCUCGUGGUCUGCGGUCACGCUGACUAAUGACCACAAUGCCCAGAAUGAAAGAGAGUUAGAGCGCCUGAAGCUGGAGCACCCGAAGAACGAGGCCAAGAGCGUGGUGAAGCAGGACCGCCUGCUUGGCCUGCUGAUGCCUUUCAGGGCUUUUGGAGACGUGAAGUUCAAGUGGAGCAUUGACCUUCAGAAGAGAGUGAUAGAGUCUGGCCCAGACCAGUUGAAUGACAAUGAGUACACCAAGUUUAUCCCUCCCAACUAUCAUACACCUCCUUAUCUCACCGCUGAGCCAGAGGUAACUUACCACCGCUUAAGACCACAGGAUAAAUUCCUGGUGUUGGCAACCGAUGGGUUGUGGGAGACCAUGCAUAGACAGGAUGUGGUUAGGAUUGUGGGCGAGUACUUAACUGGAAUGCAUCACCAACAGCCAAUAGCUGUCGGUGGGUACAAGGUGACUCUGGGACAGAUGCAUGGCCUGCUAACCGAAAGGAGAGCAAAAAUGUCAUCGGUCUUCGAGGAUCAGAAUGCAGCAACCCAUCUCAUUCGCCAUGCUGUGGGCAACAAUGAGUUUGGAGCUGUCGACCAUGAGCGACUCUCUAAGAUGCUUAGUCUUCCAGAGGAACUUGCUCGGAUGUAUAGAGAUGACAUCACAAUCAUUGUAGUUCAGUUCAAUUCUCAUGUUGUCGGAGCGUAUCAGAACCAGGAGCACUGAGUCCUGCUACCCUGGUAGUUCUCCAUUGCAGAGGGCAGAUAGACUUGGGAAAGAACCAAUAAGUUAUUCCAGUGGGCCAUCCUGACACCUCACGUCUGCUUCUCUGUAGCUAGUCCAAUACUCCAGCCUGACUGCAGCACCUAGCAUCACAAGUGUCUCUUCCGCCCUGUUGGCCCUCAGGCUAUGAAGAAUGGCAGAUAAUACCUUGAGUAGAUCAAAAGCAAGGAUCUUUCUAGGAGUAUUAGUAAAGGCAAAAAAUGCCGUCCCCAUCUGCAAACUAAGCAUCAUAAAGAUUCUAAUGUACAUGAGAGUAUCUACUACAUGAUUUUAAAAAAAUAGUCCAUGUAUUAUCACAUUUAUUUUAGCCUGAAGUAUUUUUCAGGUCCAGUACUUUAAGCCAUAAAUGACCAUGAACCUGAAAUCUGAGUUUGUGAGCUUUUUGAUUGUGCAUAGAAUAGGUCUCCCAAUGGAAAGAGCUCAGCCGCCCUUCUUUCCUGACCCAUGGUGUCCUCGGUGUGACUGGGAUACUUCGUUUUGCUACACCGAAAAGACAAUAAAGGUUCUUAGUUUUAUUUAUCCUUCUAGUGAAUGUUAACUAAAGGGAAAAUGUGUUUUUUCAGUUUGUAUUCAUGAAAAGCUUUAUUUAGUCUGAAAUAAAGAUACCCAGAAUGAAAAGAGACUGUCUGUUUAAUUCUUGUUACGUAUGGCUCCCAGCAUUUCCCUGUUCUGAGUCCCUGAAGUCUUGGCAAACUGUGUAAUGGGUGAGCAAACUGCUGCUGAGAAAUCCUCUUCAUUUGUGAGCGGAGUUCUCAUGGAAUGAGUUCAAAUAGCAGCUUGAGUAGUAGGAUUUUAAUAUUAUGACAGUUUGAGGAAUUUUUUGUUUGUCCCCACUUAGGUCAAUUAAAAUAAUUUGGAUUAAAAUUAUUAAGUGCUUUAAAUAUACUGUAGCUUGUAAUAUAUGUGUUAAGAUGUAUACAUAAGACACUUUUAAAUAGUGACCUGUGCAUGCCUGAUACAGAACACUGUCACAUCAAGUAUUUGCAGCAAUCUCCAUAAUUAUAUGCAGUCCUUUCUAAUACUGUAUCAAAGUAAAUGAAAAAUAUAUUCAAGUAGGCUUUUUAGGAGUUUAA